AUGCGUCCGUACGAGAAUCAGGGCCCCACCAUCCUCGCAUCAACGCUAAUUGUCACCAUCGUGGCCGUGCUCACUACCAUUGCGCGAUUUCAUGUCAGGGCCAACAUGAUCAGAGCCAUGGGCUGGGAUGACUAUGUAAUGUUAUGGACGGUCGUACUGUGCAUCGUGGGUCAAUGCAUCGUAAUAAUGCAAGUCGUGUACGGGGCCGGAAGACAUAUCGAGCACAUUAAACCACACGAUUUCUCGAAUGGCUUGAAGCUGAACUUCGUAUCACAACCGGUCUACCUCCUCGCCAUUUGCUCUGUCAAGCUCUCGGUGGGCUUGUUUCUCCUGAGAAUUGCAGUCAAAGCGAUAUAUCGACGCGUGAUCAUCGGUAUCAUGGUUUUCAUGACAAUCUACACAAUCGGCAGCGUUUUGACUAUCCUCUUGCAAUGCACAAAUAUCCGAUUGAUGUGGGAUCAGACAGCAGCUGGCACAUGCUGGACCGUGAAGCAGAUUAAGAUGCUGGGCUAUCUGAACAUCUGCCUGAAUAUCAGCACUGACAUCGCCUUUUCAAUUCCCAUGCUCUGGGGAGUACAGAUGAACCGCCGUCACAAAGCUUCUCUUAUCUGCAUCCUCGGUCUCGGAACCUUUGCGACAGCCGCCGCGUUAGUCAAGCUCUCAUACUUACCCACCUAUGGCCGCUCGGGCGAUCUCAUGUGGGACUCUCGCAACCUCACCAUGUGGACCGUCACCGAGUGCAAUGUAGGCAUCAUCGCCGGCAACCUACCUUGUCUCAAGCCUCUCUUCCGAUCAAUCCUCGUGUCUACCUACGGAAGCGGCUCGCGUAAGAACACACAACCAAAGUACUUUUCGAACCCAUAUGCAUCAGGCACAAAACAGCGCUCAGUGGGCAAAAGCUACGGUCCUCUAUCCUCAGACAAGGCCGCGGACGGCGAGACCUUGCACUACGGUGAUCGCAACGAAGCAUACACCCUCACCACUAUCGAUGCGACUCGGGGUCAUGGAGUUGAGGCCACGAAUAGGAGCGCCUCGUUUGAGCUAAGCUCACCAGGCCGAGCCAGAAGUAGCAACGAAAGCAUCGCCAGGUUGAACACAAAGGCCCAUGCACCCGGUACCAUAGGCAACAUCACCGUGACAACAAAGGUCGACGUGACGGAAUCCCUACAUUCAAUCAAAAGCUUCGAAAACGCAAGGAUGCAUGAUCAGCCCCAAGCAAAGGAGAUGGUGUGA